CCAGUGCAGUCAACGCGAAUAAAAAACGUGCGUUAUCUGUGGCAUGCGAUUGCGCGGGAAAAGAAUGUGACAUUUAUUUCACAGCUAAUAAAUUAUCGUGAUUCUUAUUUUGUGAUUUACGAGUUUAGUGUAAUCGUGACAAACGCUCGAAACCGUGUUAUUACGAAUAUUACGGAAUCAUAUGCUAUUAUAUUAAUUGAAAAAGACAUUAGUGUAUUGGAAAAAUCCGUCCGCGUUAUGCUUAGUGCGUAAAAUGAAGGAUAUUGUUCAACUUUGGGGCCGUGUCACGGGAAGGCCGUAUUCAGUGAAUAAUGAGCGGGAAUUAAGGGAUUUUACAAAUAAUAGAUUGAAAAAUAUCGAGUCAGCGAAUUUUGAAGCAAAUUUUUCGGAGUGUGAGGAUUUGAAUAAAUACGAUGAGUUGGACUUUAAUGAACGGAAGGAUGCCAUAAUUAACAGACUGUUCGAGAGGCGGAAGAAAGGACAUAUUGCGCGACAGCCGAAACGUUUGUUCGUGUUGUUGAUGUUAGGUUUCUUCUGUCUUGGAACUGGAUUAUUUAUUGCUCUGGUACAGCCCUACGAUAUACUAUUCAGAUGGAAAAUCAAAUUCCAAGAGGGUGGCGAGAUUUUCGAUAUGUGGAGGAAGCCAGAGGUCGAGCUUUACACCCGUGUUUACUUGUUCAAUGUCACCAAUGCUGAAGAGUUCAUGGCCGGUACUGACGUAAAGCUGAGGCUCAAAGAAGUUGGACCAUUUGUAUAUCGGGAACAUCUCGAGCACAGCGAAAUUAAGUUUAACAAUAACGGGACGUUAUCUACAACACCGAAACACCCGUUGACCUGGGUAGAGGAACUGUCCGAGGGGAACAAGGAGGAUGACAUAUUAUACCUACCGCAUAUCGCUUUGUUUAGUAUAGCAAACGUGGUCUCCAGCCAAAGUUUCGUGACGCGUUUUGGUUUGAAUAAUCUCAUUGGACUCACUAAUAGCCAACCACUCGCCAAGAUGACAGCUAAAGAGUUUAUGAUGGGUUACAAGUCUGAGAUCAUGACUUUGGGCAAUACAUUUAUGCCGGGAUGGAUCUAUUUUGAUAAACUCGGCCUAAUUGAUCGGAUGUACGACUUUAAUGGCGAUUUUGAAACUAUAUUCACUGGGGAAACAGAGCUAACACAUUCAGGUCUGAUUGACACCUACCGAGGCUCUACAGACUUGCCGCAAUGGCCUGAGAAACACUGCUCUAACGUGCAAUAUGCUUCAGAUGGCACGAAGUUCAAGAGUUCAAUUGCGAAAAAUGAUUCUCUCUUGUUUUAUAGAAAGAGUCUUUGUCGGGCUGCGCCAUUGAUCCCAGUGAAAGAAGGCGAGAAGAACGGUUUGAAAGGUGUUAUGUACACAUUUCCCAAUCACAUGAUGGACAAUGGACUACAUAAUGAGAAAAAUAAGUGUUUUUGUCGACACGGUAAAUGUCUACCAGAAGGUUUAUUGGAUGUAUCCGACUGUUACUACGGGUUUCCCAUAGCUUUGUCCUACCCUCACUUUUAUAAGGGUGAUGAUGUUUUGUUCACGAAGAUCGAGGGUUUGAAGCCGGAUAAAGAAGUGCAUGAAACAAGGUUCUGGAUUCAACCCGACUCCGGUCUUCCCCUCGACGUGAGUGCCAAGUUCCAGAUCAAUAUGCCCUUGGAAGAUCUUAGCAACAUCAGAAACACAGGCAGGUUCUCCAACAUCUACUUGCCGCUUCUCUGGUUUGAUAUUAGAAUGUUCCGCCUUCCAUCGUCAAUGGAGAUGCGCUUCAAAAUGUACCUAAACAUACUUCCUAUUGUCGAAAAAUCAAUAAUGUACCUAAGUUUCAUCACUGGUACGAUUUUGAUAUUCGUAACCGUCUACAUUCUGACAUUUAAAAUCAUGUUCAAGUCAUACAAACACAAAAAACAUUGGUCUAAUAAAGACAAAAUGAAGGAUAUCUACUUGCCCUGUGAAGUCCCUCUAGAUUCAGAUGAUAACGAAAAAGAGUCAAAGUCUUUUAUUAAAAUACCCUCGGAUAGGUUAAAAGAAUUAGGACAUAAAAUCAGCGAUAAAGUGGGAACGAGAAUUUUUGAUUCCGAACGUAAAAGUUCCCUCAUUGUUCCUGAGUGUUCCGAAGUCAAUGAUGCGUAUAGGAGUGAGAGUGAUGGUAGAGAAAGUGAUGAUGAUAGGCGAGAAAGUGAUGAUAACAUAAGAGGUGAUGGCACUUGUAAAUAUCUAGAAAUAAUUGAUGAUGGAAGUGAUUUUGAUUAUGUUUGUACUGAGAGUGACCGAGCGAAUACAUUGCGAGAGUUGGAUAAGUGAAAUCGUUGUCAAUCAUUGAUGUUAGUUACUAAAUCUAAUUGCGUUUUAACUGAACUAUUUUGUCUCUUUCUGCCAAAUUGUGUUUACGCUGUGAUGGCAGAUAUAUAAUGAAGAUAAUAUUCCUCUCAGUCAAUUUAAUAUACAUCUAAAUUAACAAAUUCUUAUGUCACAAAUAUUGAAAGAAACCUUGCCGGUCAAGGGCCGACUCAAAAUUACCCUCUAUGAAUGACAUAUGUCUAGUAUUAUUAGAAAUAUAGGAUAGAUAGAUAUAUAUUUCUUUAUAAUAUGCAAAUUUUAACUUAUUUCACACAAAUGUAAAAAAAAUCCUCUAAGAGUUGGUCUACAAUAACAGCUGUUUGCUUUAUAAGAAAUUAAAAGUUAUUUAUCUAUCCUAAUAUUUUUUGUGGACGAAAUGUAUUUAUAUGGUUGAUAACGAUUUUAAUCUAACCUAAUACUUAGGUGUUGAAAAAAAUUAACUACGCCAGCGAGAUUACCAAUGAUUUUUAUUGUUUCUAUAAAAUCUUACGAAAAAACGACCUCUCAGUUCAAAGUUUCGUAGUAUAAUGACAUAUUUGGUUCUAAGAUUUUUUUGUGUUACCCGCUUUUUACAUUAAAAACGCUUAGUAUGAUGGUAUUUGUCGACUGCAUCAAUGAUUGAUGUAAGAAAAAAUCAUGACGUUGUUUUUCUAAAGCCUACUUAAGAAUUAUGAUUUUGUUUCAGCUAUUUUGGUAGUUCGCGCUCAAUGUUUGCUCACUAAUAAUAAAUAAGGUAAUUAGGAGAAGUAAGACGGCAAAAUAGCUGAACCGUUUAUAAUAAGAUUUAAGACUGGUGUAAGAAUACCAUUCUUAUUUUAAAGUGAGACACUGGCGAAUAUUUUAUCAUUGAUUAGGUAUUUUUAUUUUACUGUAAUGUGCUGUUAAGUUCAUGUAACAACAAAAAGGUCUAUGCCUAUUUUUAACAAUUAAAUGUAAUUAAAAUUAGGCAUACUAUACUUUUAUUUUUCUAUGGAUUUACUAAGCUUGCCGUAAAUGUAUAAGGUAGGUAAUAUGUGAUAUUUAAAUUAAAUAUUAAAUAACCGAUCUA